AUGUGCGGGAAACGGGAGGACGAGCGCCGGAAAGGUGGGAGACCCGCGCUCGAAGUACAGGUCCAACCGACAGUAAACCUUCCACCGAAGCCACCAACAAUUAAACCUAUAGUAGAGAGUAAUAAAAUCGUCAUUAAGAAUAGCAAUAAGCUGAGAUACUUACCAGCGGAGGAACGGAUGCAGAAGUACCUUGAGGUUCGGAACCGAAUAUUUGCCAACCAGCAGAUAGACGGGAUGCGGAGCGUCAGCCGGAGGCUUUUAAAGGCCAGAUCACGAUUCCGGCGGAGGCAUCAGACGCGACGUGCCGUGGUUGAAGCCGUUCGUCGGGGCAUGGGAGGUGAUCCCAGGGUGUUUGCCGAGGUCCGGAUACAUGGCAAGCCCAUUUCCGGUUUGCUGGAUACAGGCGCGUCCAUUAAUGUCCUGGGAAAAGGCAGCCGUGAAAUGCUAGAGGAGCUCGGGGUCCGCAUGGACAAGUACACGUCGAUCGUGAGGACUGCGGCGGGAGAAGACCGGUCACUUAUAGGUCGAGUACACGUUCCGGUAGAAUUCAAGGGAGUGGAGAAGGUACUUACCUUUUACGUAUGCCCGUACCUGGAGCAAGAGCUAUACCUUGGGAUCGAUUUCUGGAGGAAAUUCGCGUUGGCACCGGCUAUCCUCGGAGAGAUACCAGCAACGAAACCGAAAGCGAACGUGGAGGAAUUGUGGGACGCAACAAAUCCGUGGCUGGAUGGCAAAGCCGGUAAAGAGUCUGUAAUCGAGGAGUGGAACCUGCAAGAAGAAGACAAAAAUCGGUUAGAAGCGGUAAAGAAAGAGUUCCUAGCGUUCGAGGACGUCGGUCUGGGUAAGACAUCGGUGGAGACACAUCGGAUCCAGCUCGUGGAAGGCGCAGAGCCGUUUAAGGAUCGGCAUUAUCCACAAUCGCCAGCGAUGCAGGAGAUUGUGUGGGCCGAAGUCGACAAAAUGCUGGAGCUGGGCGUGAUCGAGGUCAGCGAGAGUCCGUGGAGUAACCGCACGACAGUGGUGCGAAGGCCGGACAAAAAUAGGUUCUGCUUAGACGCACGGAAGCUGAACAACCUCACCGUGAAGGAUGCUUAUCCGCUGCCAUGCAUCGAGGGAAUCCUGUCCAGAAUCGAGCAGACCUACUAUAUUUCAAGCGUCGACUUGAAAUUCGCAUUCUGGCAGGUGGAGUUGGAUCCUGAAAGCCGUCCAUAUACAGCGUUUACGGUUGCGGGACACUUCGUCGCGUCGCACUAUGGAGUUGGAGCAGUCCUGUUCCAAUACGACGAGGAAAAGAACGAACGUCCGAUUGCCUUCUUCUCCGCAAAGCUAAACAAACAUCAGAUAAAUUAUUCUGUGACGGAGAAGGAGUGCUUGGCAGCCGUACUUGCCAUCGAAAAGUUCCGGCCCUACGUGGAACUGAUGCAGUUCACGGUCAUCACCGACCACGCCAGUCUGAAGUGGCUGAUGACCAUGAAAGACCUUAGUGGGCGCCUGGCACGAUGGUCACUCAGGUUGCAGAGCUUCGACUUCCAGAUAGCGCACCGGAAGGGAUCCGAAAACGUUGUGGCCGACACGCUGUCCAGAUGCGUAGAGGAGCUGAAGCUGGAUGCCGACGAUGCUCUCGGGUUCGCCACGACGGAGUUCGAAUCUGAGGAGUACAAAGAGAUUCGGGAUGAGAUUCUGGAGAAUCAGGAUCGACUGCCGGAUGUCCGAGUGGAAGGGAACCUCGUCUUCAAACGCAGCGGAUUCGACAGAUUGGAGGAGGAAGUCGAAGGAGGGUCUUGGAAGCUGUGGAUCCCAGCCCCGCUCACAGCUGGCCUGAUCGCGACGGCCCACGACGAACCGACGUCAGGACACGGAGGCGUAAGGAAGACGCUGCAGCGACUCCAGCGGCAAUAUUACGGGCCGCAGAUGACGACUCAAGUCCGAGACUUUGUGGGGCAAUGCAUUCAAUGCAAGGAGUUGAAGGCUCCAAAUUACCGCACACAGGUCGGGAUAGGGCAGGAAGUGGUGACUGAAAGGCCAUUCCAGAAACUCUACAUAGAUUUCCUAGGCAAAUAUCCAAGAUCCAAGCGAGGAAAGGCCUGGAUAUUUGUAGUAGCAGACCACUUCUCCAAAUUCACAUUCCUGAAGGCCAUGAACGAAGCCACAACGUCCAACGUCAUCGAGUUCCUGGUGCAGGAGGUGUUUUUCAAGUUUGGAGUGCCGUAG